UCUUUCUUUUCUUUUUUUUUUUAAUUGCACUCUACUUUUCAUUCAUCAUCAUGAAGUUCUCUUUUUUUAAAUCUAAAUCAUCACAAAAGGAAAAGAAAAAGUGCCAAGAAAAACGCAAGACAAUGGGAGAGCAGUCAACAAGACAUACGCGAAUGACACAUUCACCAUCUCAUUCCAUUUCAUCGGCAUCGACACAAUCAAGUCUUCAUACAUUACAUCAACAAGAAACUCGUGGCAUUUUUCGUACCUUGGAACCUGUGUGGUCUUAUUUACCUGAUCAUCAUGAUCAAUGGAUUCCAUUGGCCGCUGAUGCCCAACGUGUGCUUGAGAUCGCAUUGAAUAAUCAACAAACAUCAUGUACCAUCUCCUUGGAUCGCCCUCAGGCACCUCCUACCAUAACCAAAGUUUAUUUCUCCUCUCCUCCAGCCGCUACUUUACCAUCAUCAGCACCAGCAUCACCAUUACCAUCAACAUCAGCAUCAACAACAACCAAGAGACGUCGUCCUGUCACUCAAUUUUUUACUUCAUCAUCCAUGCAUCAACAUAACAACAAAUCAUCACCGAAUCUGACCGUUCGUCCUCGUCAUGAUAAGCAAUCCUUACCUCCAUUACCGUCUCGUCUGGAUGGCCUUUAUUUCAAUCAUAAUCUUCGUCGAGCACUUGUGCCUUAUUGGUGGUUUGAACAAGACAAUGAACAAGGUGGCAAAGGUAUGUGUAAAUUUGAUUAUAAAAACCAAGUGCGUUUGGAAGCUCUGUCGGAUGGUCGAACCACUCUUACUUUAACGGACACUUCAUUCUCUGUUCCUUUUCAAAUCAUCUUGGAAGCCGCUGAUCGUUCAUCAAGAGAAGAAUGUCGUGGUUUUAUGUAUCUGAAUACUCCUCCUGUCGUCCAACCUCCACCUGUCUCCAAACCUCUUUCUGGGAAUCCUCUUGUCAUUUAUGAUGAUCAACAUCAAUCCGAUCCUGAUGAUAGCCUUUACCAUCAUGAUGAUAUAUUUUUGAAUAGACGUUGUUCCAUCUAAUACCUCAUACUGUCACCCCUACAUCAUAACCCUAUAUACAUAUACACAUCCUUCUACAUAUACAUAUAUAUAUAUUUAUAUUUAUACUUGAUAUCCAUAUAUUUAUUGAUCAACUAAUGUUAAUAACACAAUAAAAAAGGAUCAAUCAUCUAUUCU